AUUUUAAAUUUGCCGUUUUUGUUUUUUGUCAUAUUACCAUUGAUUAUAAAUACUACCUAGUAUUUAUAAUCAAUGAUAUUACCUAUCUGUUUGUUAAUGAGACACCGUUAAUAUUUACCCAUCGGCUACAUUAUACAUAUUGUCGCGUCUCGUGUAAAACGUCCGUUCGGUUGAUACGUAAAUCGAAAAAAAAAUAUUAAAAACUCAUUUUUCGUCUCAUGAAAAUCACCGUGUCUGCAUUAAAAUGGACCAGUGGAGAGGUGAAAACGCGGUCGUCACAGGUGCCGGAUCGGGCAUAGGAGCGGCCACGACAUUAGAGCUGCUGCGACACGGCGUAAACGUAGUCGGGUUGGACGUUCAGUCGGCAAAGCUUGAGAAACUAGCAAAUUCGUUAGAAGACGUCACGAAAACUCCUACUUCGAUCCCAGACGGCAUCCGGCGAGGAAUUUUCUAUCCUAAGACCUGCGACAUCACUGACGAACGAGCAGUACAGGAUGUGUUUGGCUGGGUGGAUGCUGAGCUCGGUGGCGUCAGUGUGUUGGUCAACAACGCUGGCAUCAUAAUGCGAAGUAGUCUGUUGGACGGUACGUUGAAAGACUGGAAAUGUUUAAUGAAUAUCAAUGUAUUAGCGCAAUGCGUGUGUUCGAGAGAAGCGUACCGAUCGAUGUCUACGAACAAUAAUGUUCUUAACGGACACAUUGUUCAAAUAAACAGUAUUGGCGGUCAUUCCAUCACUCCGUAUUACGCGCACAAAAUGUACAACGCUUCAAAAACGGCCAUCACGGUGUUGUGUGAAGGUCUUCGGCACGAACUUAGUCUUGUAAAUUCAAAGAUCAAAGUAUCGAGUAUCAGUCCGGGUAGCGUAGACACGGACAUUUUCAACACCGCUAAAUUCAGACCAUCUUCUCAGGUCGUCAGUUCAAGACCAGCUUUGAAACCGGAAGAUGUAGCAGCUAUGGUGAUCGUUACGUUGGAGACGCCUCCUAGUGUGGAAAUAGCAGAACUAACAAUCAUUCCUACCGGAUCAACCAUACAAUCUCACGGAAUGCCUAGUCCAGUCAAAUUAUCUGAUAAAUAAUAACAAUUUUACGACCUAGUUGACUUAGCCUAUAUUAGACCCCACUAAAAAUAAACUCAUGUUUUAUUUUUUACUUGAAGAAUGUAAAAUAAAUAAUAAAUAUGUUUACAUUGUCCGUAAUUAUGUAUAUGUAAUGAGUAAUGACUAAUAAAUAACAAAAAUUGUAAAUUAAAAACAA